AUGGCUCCCAAGCGUAAGGCGAGCAGUGGCCUCGAAUCCAAGUCGACCAAGGCGACCAAGGCUGGAAGCCCGCUCGUGACCGACAUCGAACAGCUUGAGAAGCGCAUCGAGGAGCUCGAAAAGCAAAACACUAGCCUCUCCGACAUGUACAGCAAAGAGGUGAGCCAUCAUGCCGAACUCCGAGACACGACCGAUCACAAGGUGAAUGAGCUGCUACAGGAGAAUCGCAACACCCAAUCUCAACUCCAAGGCCAUAAAAAUACUAUUCGCGACCUUGAAGUCUCCCUGGGUGAGAAAAAGAAGGAGUACGAUGACCUAGAGGGUUUGCGUCGUCGCCAGUGGGUAACCGUCCUCCAACAGCACAAGAUCAUGAUCUCUCAGAAGAAGACAAACGAUGAGCGAUUGGAGACAAUCAACCAGCAGAAGGAGAAAAUCAACCAGCAGAAGGAGACCAUCGAUCAGCAUGAGAACAGCAUCCCCCAGCAGGAAAUUGCCAUCGACCACCAUGAUCACACCAUCCAGCAGCUGCGGGAUACCAUCAACCAGCAUGAGUUUACCAUCGCCUAUCAGGAAGUUGCCAUCACUAAAGAGGCCGACAUCAUUACCAAACAGCAGAGAGGUGAGCCGAAGUCAGAUUCUUGGAAGAAAAUCAAAGACCUGCUCGAGGAAAGAGAGAAUCUCCUUAGCCAGAUUCAAGGCCACAAGUCCACCAUUCAAGAGCAAGAGGAAGUCAACAACCAACACGAGGAUGUCGUCGUCCACUAUAAGUGUCGGGUCUCUCAUCUUGAACGCAAGAUCUCCGACAUACAGGAGGUCCUUGAACGCCAGAAGGAAGCUGAGCAACAGCUCAGCAGUGCCUCCAGGAUGUUGACGGAGGCUCGGCUUGUCAUAGAGGCGGUAGUCAACAAGGAUAUUUCGCAGUAA